AAGAUGCAAGCCACCGCGGAACGGAAGGAGAAAAAGCAAAAGAGAAAGGUUGCAGAAGGCCAGCUGCAGGUUAAACGGCAGGAAAUGGAUAAAGCAAAGAUAGCAGAUGCGGUAAAGCGGUACUCGUACUUACUAGGGCAGACGGAGCUGUUCAAGCACUUUGUGGAUAUCAAGAGAGCGCGUGAUCCACAAUAUGCCGCCAUGGUGGAUGCUCAACCAAAACCAAAGGGGAGGGGGCGUAAAAAAGCAAUUGACGCCAGUGCUCGACACAGAAAGUCAGAGAAGGAAGAAGACGAGGAAUUGUUGAAAGAUGGAGAACUAGCUGUGGACGGGAACGACCAGCCCUAUGUCUUCGAAACGUCCCCAAGCUUCAUCAAGGGAGAAAUGCGAACAUAUCAGCUACAAGGUCUCAACUGGAUGGUCUCCUUACACCAUAACGGCCUGAACGGUAUCCUCGCUGAUGAAAUGGGCCUCGGAAAAACCCUCCAAACAAUCUCCUUCCUUGCCUACCUAAAACACUACCGCGACAUCUCCGGCCCACACCUCGUCGUCGUCCCAAAAUCCACACUCCAGAACUGGCACCGCGAAUUCGAGCGCUGGACACCCGAUUUCAACGUCGUAACGCUAACAGGAACAAAAGACGAACGCGCCGAAAUUAUCGCCUCCCGCUUGAUAACACAAGACUUUGAAGUCUGCGUAACAUCCUACGAGAUCUGUCUCAUCGAAAAAUCGGCAUUGAAGAAGUUUUCGUUCGAGUAUAUCGUCAUUGACGAAGCGCACAGAAUCAAGAACGUCGAUUCGAUUCUUUCUCAGAUCGUCAGGUCUUUCAUAUCGAGGGGGAGGUUGUUGAUUACCGGGACACCGUUGCAGAACAACUUGAAGGAGUUGUUUGCGCUGCUUAACUUUAUAUGUCCCGAGAUAUUCGUGGAUUAUAAGGAUUUGGACAGUUUUUUGCACAAGGACUCGGAGGGGACGGAUGUGGAGGAGGAGAAGAGUAAGAAGGUUGUUGAGGCGCUGCAUAAGAUUCUUCGACCGUUUUUGUUGAGGCGGGUGAAGGCGGAUGUGGAGAAGAAUUUGUUGCCUAAGAAGGAGAUUAACAUCUACGUUGGGCUUGCUGAGAUGCAGAGGAAGUGGUAUCGCUCUGUUCUUGAGAAAGAUAUCGACGCUGUCAAUGGUGGGUGCUUGACAGGGAAGAAGGAAGGCAAAACACGACUUAUGAACAUGGUGAUGCAGCUGCGCAAAGUCACCUGUCAUCCCUACCUCUUUGAUGGCGCUGAACCCGGACCGCCGUAUACGACAGACGAGCACCUCAUCCAAAACUCUGGCAAGAUGGUCAUUCUCGAUAAAUUACUGGCCAACAUGAAAGCAAAGGGAUCCCGUGUCCUGAUAUUCAGCCAAAUGAGCCGUGUCCUCGAUAUUCUGGAGGAUUAUUGUCUUUUCAGGCAAUAUAAAUAUUGUCGAAUUGACGGUGGCACCGCGCACGAGGACCGAAUCGCUGCUAUUGACGAGUACAAUAAACCUGGGAGCGAAAGGUUCAUUUUCUUGCUCACGACAAGGGCUGGUGGACUUGGAAUCAACUUGACGACGGCUGAUAUUGUCGUUCUUUACGAUAGUGAUUGGAACCCACAAGCCGAUCUUCAAGCCAUGGAUCGUGCGCAUCGAAUUGGGCAGACUAAACAGGUGUAUGUAUUCCGUUUCAUCACCGAGGGCAGCGUGGAGGAGCGGAUGCUGGAGAGGGCGGCGCAGAAGCUUCGCUUGGAUCAACUGGUCAUUCAGCAAGGAAGGACGCAGCAAGCCAAAGCAGCUGCAAACAAGGAGGAGCUGUUGGAGAUGAUCACGCAUGGUGCUGAUAAGAUUAUUAAUGCCGCUUCCGAUGACACUUUUAUCAACGACGACAUUGAUGAAAUCAUCCAGCGUGGCGAGGAGCGGACCAUUGAGCUGAAUAGCAAAUACGAGAGUUUGAACCUGGAGGAUCUGAGUAACUUCAAGUCGGACGCGUCUGUGCAGCAGUGGGAAGGAGAGGAUUUCCGGUCGGGUCAACGCAAACAACUAACACUUGGCCUUUUGUCACUAUCGAAGAGAGAGCGAAAGUCGAAUUAUUCAGUGGACAAUUAUUUCAAGGAUACACUACGUGCUGGUCCGUCAAAACCAGAAAAGGCAGCCAAGAUCCCGCGUGCGCCCAAGCAAAUCGCCAUCCAAGACUUCCAGUUCUUCCCGCCAGAACUUGCUCAGCUGCAGGAAAGGGAGCUUGCUGUGCACAAGCGGCUCAAUGGUAUUGUGGCUACCCCCCGAGAAACGCAAGGUCCUGAGGAUACACCUGAGAAGUUGGAAGAGGAGCGACAAGCUGCACAGCUGUUCAUUGAUACAGCUGAACCGCUGACAGAGGAAGAGAUGGCGGAGAAAGAGGCGUAUAUAGAAGAAGGCUUCCCAGAUUGGAGUCGUCGUGAUUUCCAGCAGUUUGUGCGUGCGCUUGAGACGUAUGGGUGGGACGAGUCGUUUGAGGUCUACGCUGCUGAGAUACAAGACAAGACACCGGAGGACGUCGAGAAGUAUUAUAACGAGUUCCAAAAGAUGUGGAAGACGUUGGCUGAAUACCCUCGAAUCGAAACCCGCAUCGCAGAGGGCGAGGCUAAACGCAAUAAGCGCGAAAACCUCGAAUACCUCCUCGAGAAGAAGAUCUCAUCCGUUCGCUACCCCAUGCAAGAGCUGGAGCUAAACUAUCCCACGACGAAAGGCAAAGUCUACAGCGAGGAGGAAGACCGUUAUCUACUCUGCCGCUUAUUCCAUUACGGAAUGCAAGCAGACGACGUGUACGAACGGAUUAAGAAGGACAUUACCGAGUUCCCAGUGUUCCGUUUUGAUUGGUUCUUCAAGAGUAGGUCACCGCAGGAACUGCAGAGGCGGUGUAACACGUUGUUGGGGAUGAUUGAGAAGGAGGCGGAGGUGAAUAAGAUUGAGGAGGCCAAGGCGAAGAGUGCUAGUAAAGGAAAGGUGAGCUAUUUGUUUGUUGUUUCGCCAUUGCAACGCGCUGAACCGUAA